GGUCCGAACUGUCAUCCGUGUUGCCGCGUUCAAUUAAAAGUGGUCUGGAAUUGGGAAAUUUCUAUGAGUGGUGGAAAAUGUACGCCCUUGUCCGUUACUUAAACCAGUUUGAUAGCACUUUGCAUGUCAUUAAUGCGGACAACAUCGUGAAUUUCAACCCCAAAGACGACGACGAUUUUGACAAUAAAGCAACCUACGACGCAUGGAAGCCGGGCACCAGCGACGUCUGUCCUGUUCAAAUUCUGCUUUUGGCACGAACAGAGGCUGAGCUUGAAAGAAAGAAGACGUCCAAACGUGUGUUUGUGCCAAAGCUCAACACGUCACAAUGUGAAAGUGCCGCCGCGCCAAUUUCACAAAAGCAGAAAAUUCGACAGAUACUUGGACGCCGCGCGUCUACACAUAGAGUAAAAAUAAUCCACUCUUUGCAGGAGGAAAAGAAAAAAAGGCAGAAACAGACGACGUCAACACGAAAGGAGUAUGAGAACAUCAUAGAUAAGCAUCUACAGAACGCAACAAAGGAAGCCGCCCAAGCCCAUGGGGUGCCCAGAACUGAUGUGAGAAGAAAAAGACACAGAGACACGGACGAUUUCUCCGAGUCGGAGGUGUCAGACUCCGAGUGUAUUGUGUCAGCGGCCGAGGUAAAGAAAGCUAACGAAGAGGCCACGUACUGGCAGCGGCUUUGUGAAAAGAAUCUGUGGGAGCUAAAAACCAAGCUUGGACGAAUUGAAAAGAUUGUGGAGGAAGUGCUGGUGACGGUCCAGGCAGCGGGGUUCGACGAAAAGCUGUUUGGUAGGCAGUCGUCAACACCAGUGCACGAGCCACCCCAAGAAAUACCAGGUCCUGUGGCUUCCCCUUCCACAACGGAGCCCUUGUCUGUCACACCUUGUAGUCUUACAUCAGACCCUUCUAGCACAGACUUGGAGCCAUUCACAAAAAUCGACGACAAACAUUUCCACCUUAAGGAUGGGGUAGUUGUGUCACAUGUUCUGGCAGAUAAACUUAAGAAAAUCAAGAAACCCACGGUGGUUAUCCGCGAAACAGCACAGGCCAUAUGGGGAACAGAAAAAUUGAAAGAGAGGAGCUAUGGAGGGCGGCUGGCACCUAAAGAUAAAAGGGACAACUCGAAGCAGCCACGGAAGGAGCUUACUCCUCACAAGGUUGGCGUGGUUGUAGCAACGUUGAAUCACUGGAGAGAUUCCAACAGCAUGGCUGACCCCACGUGGGAGCAAAGAAAUGGAGCAGCGGUGGACACUGCACUGUUGAACAUCUCGACAAUCCUCUCAUCCAAGAUACAAGCUGCACGAAGGCCACCAAAGAUGACUCUACAGCUCUAAGUCACAAGCUUUUUCUUCAUUUUGUAUGUGCGGCAUCCCAAUGAACAUGAACAUGAUGGUAGCGCGUGG